AUGAAGUUGCUUCGUAAACUCCGGGUGAAGCCGUCCGGCGCAGGGCAUGGCGACUGGGAGGCGAUCAGCAUCAGUGCCUACAUCGAGAUCCUCCCACCUCCAGCCCUGGCAAAGAUCGACUGGGCUUGCAAGGCACGCUUCGAGAUCUCGAUGCUAUACGAGUACCUCGAUGAGCUGUGGAACUUCCGCCGCGAGGGCGGGGUCUUCAUCUUCACCAACAAAGUCUCGGACCAGGGAUGGUGUAACUUCCUGAGCCUGGACCGGAUUACGCGCGAGCCCGGCUGGCUAAAGGCUGGCGGGCUGCGUCUGCAGGGACAUGUAGAGCUGCCAUUCACCGAUGCUCCGUGCCGGGGACAGCCGCUGGACUUCACGCAGGAGGCAGCCUUCGUGACGAUACGACUCUCCGAAGGGCCUCCACUGCUCUUUGACAAGCGUAUACUCAGCGAGCGCUCGGAGUACUUCCGUGAGAUGCUGGCAUCCAAGUGGCGGGAAGGUCAGACCAACGAAGUCGACCUGAGCAUGACCCCCGACAUCCAGCGCAACUCCCUUGAUGCGGUGCUCUGCUAUCUCAUGUCCAGCCGCUUCUUCUCCGGCGGAGACGCAACGUUCGCCUUCGCUGUGCGGAAGCUGGCAGACCAGUUCUGCCUGAAGGACCUUGUGGACACGGUAGAAGCCGAGUUAGUGACGAUGCUGUCGCAACUCGACGACUUCUGGAUACUAGUAUGCGAUGCGGAAAUAAGCUUUGUUCCAGAGUGUGCCACCGGGACCUCCAAAAACUGCGGAUGA